GUUUUGUCUGUUAGUGAGCCUCUUACUGGCAAUCAUGGCGCAAGGAACCAUCUCCCUCGCAAUCCUUAUCCUUGGAUCAUGUUAUCUUUUGUCAUCCCAUUUAAUACAAAAUCCAUUCUCAUUACAAGAACAGGCAAUUCUAGCCAACGCUAAAUUAAGUGACCUUCCCUUUCGAAUGCAGGUUGCAUUGAGAAGAAGACCAAAAACAGGAGAUAACUCUCAUUUUUGCUGUUCCACUGACACAAGCAGCCCCAUUGGUUACAAAACCGUUUCGAAGGUAGUCAGCGAGAUUGUUAAGGUCGGUGUCCAGGUCCAGGUGGGAGAGAAUUCCUGUGGGUUCCUUAACACCGGAAAGUGUCACCAGAAUGAAUUAAGAUACCAAGAAAAGCUUAUCACUCAUCUUACCUACGAGGAAAUGCCUCUGAUCCAACAGUGUCCCAAUACCAACAUCGUGUGCUGCAACCAUUACAUCAACGUCACUGGAACCUGCAUGCUUAUUGCUGAGGCUGCCAACUACAAACAAGAUCUGAUAGACCUUCUGCAGGCCGGUCUCCUGGGAUAGAUAAUUUGAUUUUUGUCGUUUAAGAAUAAAUCAUUUGUUAUUU